AAAAAAAAAACAUGAGCCUCCGCGUGACCAAGUCACGUGAGCGGCCCGCAGCGUGACGUGCCAUCAGCUGACUGCCGUCAACAGAGGAAGAAGACGAGGAGCCGUCCGUCGACCUUCACCUCCUGAAUCUGUCCGUGUGUCGCAGUGUCUGAGACCCAGCAUGGCGAGCCAGUCCCAGGGCAUCCAGCAGCUGCUGCAGGCCGAGAAGAGGGCCGCGGAGAAGGUGGCCGAGGCCCGCAAGCGUAAGAACCGUCGUCUGAAGCAGGCUAAAGAAGAGGCCCAGGCUGAGAUAGAGCAGUACCGUCUGCAGAGAGAGAAGGAGUUCAAGACCAAAGAGGCUGCCGCCCUCGGUUCCCAUGGCAACAGUGCGGUGGAGGUGGACCGUGACACGGUGGAGCGUAUGAGUCACAUCCAGGCUAGUUACCGCGGUAACCGGGAGGCGGUGCUGGGAGAGCUGCUUCGCCGCGUCUGCGACAUCCAGCCCGAGUUCCACGCCAACUACCGCGUGGCGGGGUAAAGGGGGCGGGGCUAACACAGGAGACACAGGACGUUAGCAACGUUAGCUUCGUUAGCUUCAGUCACAGCUAAAAACCUUUUUAAGUUUAUCUGGAAAAGUGUUUUAUUUUGAAGGAUCGAAGCUUGUCACUUCCUGUUCCUGCUCCGAACACGUUCCUAAAUGUUGUUACUGUGUUGAUGUUUACGAAGUAUUUAUAUACAUAAAUACAUAUACAUAAGAGGUAAUUUCUUUAAAUUAAAUGUUUCCUGAAUCUAACAAAAUAAAAGUCUCUGAGCUUCGAAGAGAAAAUCAGCCAAUCAGGAUCCAGGAAAAAGAAUAACUGACUCUAACUGAAGCUGAUUGGCUGUUUUUUCCUCUGACCUCUCCUCCAAUCAGGAGCCACAGUUAGUCUCUGCUCUCACCUGAUUGGCUGGAGGAAGUCCAAAGGCUUUUAUUGUGAAACUCCUGCAGUUUUUUGAUUGUUUUCUGUGACUUCCUGUUGAUGUUUGUGAAGUGAUGAUGAAAUAAUAAACUGAGUGUUGAUUGGCUGAAA